AUGGCAGCAUUUGCAGUUAGAUUAAUUUCAAGAGAGCAAAAUGAAAAUGCCAACAUUCAUAAAGAAUCAAAAGGUUUUAACACAAAUCAGUUGGAUGAUGUCUCUAAUGUUGUAAGAGCACAAGAGGGUUCUUCAAUGGCUUUGACCAACACAGAUGGUGAUGUAGCGAAUAUGGGAGUUUCUUUGGACUUGAAGAGUUACUGUCUACAAACCUUUCAGAAGCAACAUCCUAGAAGAAAUGAUAAUUAUAAAUCUAAGACAAAAUCAACUUCUAAAGAUAUUGUAGCAAAGGAAAUACAGUCAAUUGACAUUAAUCCAUCUUGUCCAAAUCAACUCGACUUCCAUCUUGAUGAUGGUUGGUAUGGUGUUUUGGAUUUUCAUAAUUUCCAAGUGACACAUACAUAUCCAUUGCCCUCCACCUCAUUGGCUGGAUGAAACAGAUAAUAUCCCUAUUUUAUUCUCGAGAAAACCAUCAUGGUUACCUGUAAAUUCGAUGUAUGCAGUUGGGUCAUCUUCAAGUGAUGGGCUUCACCUAUUGGAUUUUUACCCACACAGAAACUCCCCAUGCCACGUAGAUCAUGAGUAAGUAAUUUUUUUUCUUCAAUCUUGUAUGAUUCCAUGAUUCCAUCUCAACUUUCUUUUUAUUUAUUAUUAUAAGUUAUAACUUACUAAAAUUUUGAUGUUUUUUUUAAAUAUUAUCUAUACGGGCUCCAUGUGGCGCUGAGGUCACGUGGUGAUUCACUUACAUCUGAAACAAGUGUAUACGUGGUGGACACAUUAGGUUUUUUUUUUCUUUUUAAAAUAAAUAAGUGUGAUUUUGGUAUUUCAGUUGAAUUCUCAUAGAAUUAAAAUGUUUUCUUUAAUGUAGGAGAAUUGAGGGAAUUUUACAGAUUUACCCCUAUAGCUGUAAUUGGAAUUUUACAGAUUUACCUUUUCUAAUUGUUUUGUGUUAUUCUGGUUCAAGUUUGUAAAUUUGCAAGUUCUGAUUUCUAAUCAAUGGUGGAAUUGAGGGAAGUAGAUUGGAGUGGCCAAUCCUGCAAUGAUGGGAUGCACCAUGGGAGUGGUAUACAGUUUCACUGACCACACUUUCUUGUGGAUUAGGGUAAGUUUGCGUAUCUUUGUUUGCAUGAGUCAUACUUUCCAUACAAACUCUAAGUUUUUAUAUGUAGCUUGUAUAUGCAUUAAAAAAUUAUAAAAAUUCCCUAUAAACCUUAUGUUAAAAGAAGAUUUAUCUUAUCCUUUUUUU